AAGAUCCCGACCCGGAGGACCUACAUAGACCCAGCGACUUGUGAGGACCUGGUGCAGGCUGUCCUCGCCUUUGCCAAAGAACUAGACAACUCCAGCAUCAAGAUAGAGAGAAUCGUGCACACAGGUACUGAGACAGUAUUCUUUUUCUUUGCCAAUUUUCACUCCUCCCUGUUUGACCUGUCUUUUGUCUCCUUUUCUCGCUCUCUCUCUCUCUCCUCCUCUCUCUCUUUUUCUCUCUCUCCCCCCCAUCGCUCUACAUGAGGACACGACUCUGUACUUGCCUACUCCAUGACCGCUUCCAUCUCUCAUACCCGCUCUCCUCCCCCACUCGCCCCCACUCUCUCUCGCUCCCCGCUCUCUCCUCUCACCCCUCUCUCGCUUCCCCCCAGCCUCUCCCUCCCGCUCUCUUUCUCCCCCGCUCUCUCCUUCCUCUCCCACCCCGCAUCUCUCUCUCUUCCCCCGCUCUCCUCUCUCCUCUCUCUCUCCUCUCUCCCCGCUCUCUCUCUCUCCCUCUCUCUCCUCCUCCUCUCUCCUCUCUCUCUCUCCUCGCUCCUCGCUCCCCCCUCGACUCUCUCUUCCCUUCGCCUCUCUCUCCUCCACUCUGCCCUCUCUCCCCGCUCUCUCUGCUCCCCCCGCUCUCUCGCUCUCCCACCUACGUCGUCGCUCUCUCCCCGCCUCUCCUCUCCCCGCUCAUCUCUCUCCCCGCUCUCCUCUCCCCCCCCGCUCCCUCAUCCCUUCUCACUCUAUUUCGCUCUCCCCUCUCUCUCUAUCUCUCUCUCUCUCUCCCCCGCUCUCUUUCUCUCUCUCCAGCUCUCUUUCUCUCUCUCCAGCUCUCUCUCUCUCUCUCCAGCUCUCUCUCUCUCCCCCUCUCUCUCUGAUAAACCAGUACUGUAGUCCGCUCUCUAACCUUCUCUAUGUGUCUCCACCUGCAGGUGACUUUGGGGAGGUGUGUCGUGGCUGUCUCAAGCUGCCCAGUAAGCGGGAGCUUCCGGUGGCCAUCAAGGCGCUGAGGGCCGGCUGCUCAGAGAAACAGAGGUGCUCCUUCCUCAGCGAGGCCGGGAUUCUCGGACAGUUUGACCACUCCAACAUCGUCCGUCUGGAGGGGGUCAUCACCAGCGGUGAGCUAGUUACCUAAAUCACAAAUGAACCCCUAGCCCCUAUGCACUUACACUUAGCUCCUAUUUACUAUGCUUUAUAGGGGGCGACUGUCUGAAAAACUAAUAAGAUUUCCUCCACCACUGAACAGAACGCACAAACCCCAUACGAUUACUACGUGACACAGACAGCAGUUGAGGUCCUGCAGGGAAAGGAUAAAUGGAAAAGGAGAGAAUGGAGAAAGGUAGGUGAGGAGAGGUUUAGAGCGUUUCAGAGGGGUACUGUAGAGGGCAGGGUGCGUGUGAGUCAGGUGAGGUAGAACCAGGGUAGGGAGGAAUGGGAUUGGAUGGGAGCGGUGCCUGCCUGCCUGUAACACACACUGUCUGCAGCAGAUGUGCUGGAUACGGUAAUUGGUGCUAGAGACACAGCGGGACUCUGAAACCCACUUUCGCACACACCCCACCGCCUCGCACAUGCGCGUGCUCACACACACGGGCGCGCAUACACAGUCAUUCAAACUCACACACAGACCGCCCUCAGAUUGCAAAUCACCUGCAUUGCAUUGCUUACCCCCCACUAGCCCGCCAUUCAACCCCUUCCACCCCCACAGCCCACCUGUCAGCCCCCACCACCUCUCCCUCUCCCUCCUCCUUUCUCCCUCCAUCCCUCCAUCCGAGGUCUGCAGCGCUGCAGGGAGGGUCAUUAGAGAGACCGAGACGUGCUGCUAGCUAAAUGUGGGACAUGGUAGUGGAGUGUUGUAGUGAUAGGUUAGUUAGAUAGUGAGUGUGAAGCAGUAGUUCUGUAUGUUAGUCUUGCAUAAUAACAUAGACGUCUGAUGUGAUAGAACGAGUGACGGUGUAAUGUAAUAGUGUAAUAGUGUAGCCCUUGUUAACUUAAAAUGACACAACGACUAGGUUCCAGUUUAACAACGUUUACUUCACCGUAUUACCACAGUACAUAGUCACCAUCACACUCAGGCCAGGUCCAUCUCCAGUUUGCCUACUGUGCAGGCUUACUAAUAACAGAGUGGUAGCACCGUAAUAACAGAAAUAUAGGGCUACUUAAAACAUAAACUUAACAAACUCCCACUUUUCUUUAUAGACAAAUAAAACAUCAACAAAAUAAUUAAAUGUUCCAAGUAUUAUUUAAGUUCCCCAUUACAAAUGGUUUUUAUUACUCAAGCUGCCACUUUCCAUUACUGAGAGCCUUUAGGAGCACAAGACCGGAUGCUCCCUUUUUACUCAGACAGUCAGCAAGCUGUUUGUUCCUUUGUGGCCGACCAGGAAAACAGCUUUGAGGUGUGGAAUCACAGUUGUAGCAAAGGUCUAUGAGCCACUCCAGAUGAAGUCAUCAACAUGACAGGCAAGUACUCCAGUCACAUUGCAAUCUUGAUCAAGCCAAUAGAAGACUGCAGGAUCCACUUGUGACAUUUUUCCACCUGUACUCAGCAUUGUUGCCUUGACUUUAUGUACCAGUAGAGUGAUGCAUCUGCCAGGCCAUACACACACUUUUUUAGUUUCCACAGUGUUCCUUCGCUCUUAGCUUCAGGCGGAGGUCGGAUGUGAAUGUCCCUUGACAGCUCUGUUCCCUGCAAAAAUGCAGAUUCGAUGUCUAUGGAAUGAAGUUUCCAUUUUUUCUGGCAGAUCACUGUCAGCAGCAAUCUGAGUGACUCAGUGAGUCUUUUGGGAGUUCUUUAGCAGCCAGCUCCUCAAAACCUCCAACAACUAGACAUGCUUUUGGCACUAUUCCAGUUAAGGAUUCUUUAAGGGUACACACCCACCUUUGGCUUUUCCUGCGCGUCCAAUUACUGUUGCUGUGUGUGGAAUACCACUUUCUCUGUCCAUGUAUUUAACAGUUUUCCAGUUUUCAGAUUGGAACAACCAUGUUGUCUUAACACAUGUCGCUGUUGUUGAUCGUUUCCUAAUUUGAACCCUCAACAGUAUUACCUGUGUCAUGGUUGAAGGUCUCUGCUCCAUUUCCUGUGUCAGUUUGUGUCCAUAUCAUUGGAUGCGACAUCUGGUAGGUUUGUGUCUGUUAAUAUGUCCUUUUUGUCAUUUUCAGUAGGAGGCUGAUUCUCAGCAACAGCCCCUCCAGCUUGUUGAUCAUUUACUUUCCGCAAUCUUGAGUGAUGCACCCUGACAAUGGUGCCUUCGUGCCUCACAAAUAUCACCACACCAUCUUGGCCAAUGACUACUCCCGGUCCUUUCCACUCUUGACAGUCAACUCGUUUGUAGUACACUUUGUUUCCAGUCUCGUACUUCUCAUCUGUGGGUCGAAGCUGUUUACGCAGAGCCCUGCGAGUUCUCUCUGAACACACUGCUUCAGUGAACGCUUUUCUCGCUGCAUGUAGUGCUGAAAAGUGCUGUCCCACCCAUGCACUCACACUGGUCCCUUCUAGUGCUGGUGGCUUGUCAACCAGUACAGAGGGAAGAUUAGGGUUCUGCCCGAACUCUAGUUUGUGUGGGCUGUAGCCAUGAACAUUGUGCAUUGAGUUUUUUGCCAUCAAAGCCCAAUCUAGGGCUGUUUUCCCGUCACAUCCAUUGUCUUGCUUCACUUUCAGCAUGAUCUCUGUGAGUGUUUGAUUAUGUCUCUCCAGAAGUCCAUUGCUCCAUGGACUGUAUGCAGCAGUUGGCUUUACUUCCAUGUUGAAUUUCUCCGCCAUUUCUCUUAUUUCAUUAUUAUUGAAUUCUCCUCCAUUGUCACUUUACAAUUUCUGUGGUGGGCCAUGCACACUUAUCCAGGAAUUGUAUUCACAAUGCUUCCAGCGCUGAAACGUGUUAAGUGGUCGAUUAUGUGAUGGUACCACACACUUGGUCCUAGCUCAUGUAGAUCAUUGUACAUAUGUUCUCUGUGACUGUCAGAAUCUCCAUGUGCUCUGUGUCCAUCAGAAUCUCAUUUUUACAUGGACUCAGUGUGAUGUCUUUGUCUAAAAUGUUUAUACAAUAGUGGCCUGAGGUAGUAAAUUCAAUGGUAACUGGUUGUUUAAACAUCACUGCCUUGUCAUUUGUUAUGUCUAGUACAGCCCCUGCCUUCUUGAGGGAAGCUUUGCUUAAUAGAAAGGGGAUAUCUGCAGGGACCACUUCUGUUUUAAUGUGACAGUUAGUCUGACCAAUCUUUGCUGGUAUCUUGACUCUCUUGGUAGAAUGGACGACUCUCCCAUUUCCAAAUUUGAAAACUCUGUUGCUUGGUGUGUCAAUCAUAUUUCAUAUUUAGUUCACUGACAUGGCUAUCAAGCCACUUUGCACCACACACUGUGUGUGUUCAUGCAGUAUCAAUCACAGCAGAUCCUAAGGAUUCAACUAUGAAGAUCUCAGAAGCAGAUUCUUUUGAAAACAGUGUAAUGUUACACUACUCCAUCUCUGUGUUUACAUUUUCCUCUGUUAGUUUAACUUGUUAAUUUUUAUUAGGACAGUCUUUAACCCAAUGGUAAGUGCUUUGACAAAUAGCACAUUUUGAUCUCCUUCCAUACCUGUCCAGUGGAUUUGUGCCGGGCAAUGGCGCCCUCGUCUGGUUGUCUUGAGAACGUGACUGGUUGGCGCCUUUUCUCUACUCAGUGUAAUAUGUCACGUCACUCACUUGCAUUCCAUCUGUUAUUGGCGUGACAGACGUCUUUUCACCCACAAUCCUUUUUAUUGCCGACUUCAUUUGACGCAAAAGUCAGCACAGUACAAUCAGUCAAAGCCAACUGUAUCUCCCUACCAUCCAGACAGGCAGUAUCUGCUAACACUGCAUCCGCGAGAACCAUGUCAUACUUGUGCAUCCUAUUGUACCUCUGUUCUAAAUCAAUUAUGUAGUCCGUCAUUGCAACCGUAAUGUCUCUAGUAACACUGUCAAUGUUUGAAUACGCCUCGUAGGCACAGUAUUUCUCUUCUUUAAGAAACACAGAAUCCAGUGCUCUGAUCAAAGUUCUCAUACCGUCAUCCUUGUUCAAAUCCUCCACGGAUAUUUCCAGUGCUGUAUCUCUCGCUCUUCCCUCAAGCGAUAAUACCACCGCAAGUGCUUGCUUUUUCUCGUCCAGAUUUGUAACGAUUCCAAGUUCAUUUUUCAUACGACCUCUUCUCGUCAAAGCGAGGUGGCACAUUGUAGUUAUUAGCCAUCCUCUGCUACCAAUGUUAACUUAAAAUGACACAACGACUAGGUUCCAGUUUAACAACGUUUACUUCACCGUAUUACCACAGUACAUAGUCACCAUCACACUCAGGCCAGGUCCAUCUCCAGUUUGCCUACUGUGCAGGCUUACUAAUAACAGAGUGGUAGCACCAUAAUAACAGAAAUAUAGGGCUACUUAAAACAUACAUUUAACAGUCCUGUCUGCCUCUCCUCUCUUCCAGUCUGUCUGUCUGACUGCAAUAGAGGGGGCCUGAGGGGGACUGAUAGUGUCCAUUUAUGAGGCACUUAGAUCCCAGCCACAAAAAUCAAGAGGUGUGUGUGUGUGUGUGUGUGUGAGAGAGAGAGAGAGCUCAGUUUCCAUGUUACUAUGCUCCAUCUCUGUCUGACGCGCACACAAACACCAUCUGGUCACUAGGGGAGUCACAGCUUCCUGCCUUUCUCCUGACUACUCUCUCUCCCUCACCAUCUCUCCCUCCUUCUCCCACCACUCUCAAUAAAAGCUCACCUCUUCUUUCUGUCUUUUCUUUCCCUUCUCCCAUUCACUCGUUCCUACCCCAGUGUCUACUCCCACUGUCCCCCUCUCUCCUGUUUCUGUCUUCUCUCCCUUUACUAUGUUGAUACACCCUGGCCACCUGCGCUCAGCGAGGGUGAGGAGUGUGUGUGUGUGUGUGUGUGUGUGUAGGGUUAUUGGUGUGACUGUGAGGUCAUCCUGCUCACACUGGCUGAAGGAUGACCGUGCAUAACCACUGCUGCCCCUGAGCCAACUGGACUAUACUGAUAACCCUGUGUGUGUGUGCAGGUAACACCAUGAUGAUUGUGUUGGAGAGCAUGUCCAACGGGGCCCUGGACUCCUUCCUCAGGGUAAGUGUGUGUGCAUACUUUGUGUGUGCAUGUGUCUUUUUGUGCUCUUGUAACACAGUGUUUACCUCACCAUGACUCCUGGUCUAGUUUCCAAACUUUACGUAAGAUGUUGGUAUGAAAUAAAUCCCUAGGCAUAUAGUGUAUCAUUGGGCUUAUAUGCCACAUAACGAACAGUACAGACAAAACAUUUCUCACAUUGUUAUUUAAUCCUUCAUAACUGAGAUUUGUUCUCUGUUGCACUGAAAUGUAUUUUGACACACCAGGGGUCCAAAGUUACGUACACUACCGUUCAAAAGUUUGGGGUAACUUAGAAAUGUCCUUGUUUUCCAUGAAAACAUACAUGAAAUGAGUUUGAAUAGGAAAUAUAGCAACAUGCAUAGGAAAUGUAGUAAUUGACAAGGUUAGAAAUAAUGAUUUUUAAUAUAAAUAAUAAUUGUGUCCUUCAAACUUUGCUUUCGUCAAAGAAUCCUCCAUUUGCAGCAAUUACAGCCUUGCAGACCUUUGGCAUUCUAGUUGUCCAUUUGUUGAGGUAAUCUGAAGAGAUUUCACCCCAUGCUUUCUGAAGCACCUCACACAAGUUGGAUUGGCUUGAUGGGCACUUCUUACAUACCAUACGGUCAAGCUGCUCCUACAACACCUCAAUAGGAUUGAGAUCCGGUGACUGUGUUGGCCACUCCAUUAUAGACAGAAUACCAGCUGACUGCUUCUUCCCUAAAUAGUUCUUGCAUAGUUUGGAGCUGUGCUUUGGGUCAUUGUCCUGUUGUAGGAGGAAAUUGGCUCCAAUCAAGCGCCAUCCACAGGGUAUGGCAUGGCGUUGCAAAAUGGAGUGAUAGCCUUCCUUCUACAAGAUCCCUUUUACCCUGUACAAAUCUCCCACUUUACCACCACCAAAGCACCCCCAGACCAUCACAUUGCCUCCACAAUGCUUGACAGAUGACAUCAAGCACUCCUCCAGCAUAUUUUCAUUUGGUCUGCAUCUCACAAAUGUUCUUCAUUGUGAUCCGAACACCUCAAACUUCUAUUUGUCUGUCCAUAACACUUUUUUCCAAUCUUCCUCUGUCCAGUGUCUGUGUUCUUUUGCCCAUCUUAAUAUUUUCUUUUUAUUGGCCAGUCUGAAAUAUGGCUUUUUCUUUGCAACUCUGCCUAGAAGGUCAGCAUCCCGGAGUCGCCUCUUCACUGUUGACGUUGAGACUGGUCUUUUGCGGGUACUAUUUAAUGAAGCUGCCAAUUGAGGACCUGUGAGACGUAUGUUUCUCAAACUAGACACUCUAAUGUAUUUGCCCUCUUGCUCAGUUGUGCACCGGGGCUUCCCACUCCUCUUUCUAUUCUGGUUAGAGGCAGUUUGCGCUGUUCUGUGAAAGGAGUAGUACACAGCGUUGUACGAGAUCUUCAGUUUCUUGGCAAUUUCUCGCAUGGAAUAGCCUUCAUUUCUAAGAACAAGAAUAGACUGACGAGUUUCAGAAGAAAGUUAUUUGUUUCUGGCCAUUUUGAGCCUGUAAUCGAACCCACAAUUGCUGAUGCUCCAGAUACUCAACUAGUCUCAAGAAGGCCAGUUUUAUUGCUUCUUUAAUCAGCACAACAGUUUUCAGCAGUGCUAACAUAAUUGCAAAAGGGUUUUCUAAUGAUCAAUUAGCCUUUUAAAAUGAUAAACUUGGAUUAGCAAACACAACGUGCCAUUGGAACACAGGACUGAUGGUUGCUGAUAAUGGGCCUCUGUACGCCUAUGUAGAUAUUCCAUUAAAAGAUCUGCCGUUUCCAGCUACAAUAGCCAUUUACAACAUUAACCACGUCUACACUGUAUUUAUGAUCUAUUUUAUUUUAUUUUAAUGGACAAAAAAAAAAGAAAUCUUUCGAAAACAUGGACAUUUCUAAGUGACCCCAAACUUUUGAACGGUAGUGUAUAUUCCAUUUCAUACGUGUUUCUAUAUCAUUGGUCCCAACCCACCAUUUGAGAAACACUGUCCUAACCACACAAUUAAAUAUAUCAGUGUUAUAUUUAGGGUUGCCAAAUACUUUCCCAAAAUUCCCAGGUUUUCCAGAAAUUCCCGGAAACAGGAGGAAAAAAGCAGGACAUCCGGAAACCUCCGACCAGGAUUUCUGGAAAACAUUGGACCCUAAUUAUAUAUAUCUAUGGUCCUAACCCACUCUCUCCCCCUCCCUCCCUCCCUCCCUCCCUCCCAGAAGCACGAGGGCCAGCUCUCUGUGCUCCAAUUGAUAAACAUGCUGGGGGGGGUGGCCUCUGGGAUGAAGUACCUGACAGAGAUGGGCUUCGUCCACCGCCGCCUUGCCGCCCACAAGGUACUGGUCAACGCCAGCCUGGGCUGCAAGGUGUCCGGCUUCAGACCCCUCCAAGAGGACAAGAUAGAGGCCAUCUACAGCGCAAUGGUGAGACUACUGACUGAUAUUAUAUUAUUAGUCAAAAGUAUAUUACUAGUUAUACAAUAAAAAUAAAAAUAGUAUAGUCUUUACUCUUUACCCAUAGAGGCCAUCUACACCACACUGGUGAGGGACUGACUGAUACGAACUGUUGUUUAAACCGUAUUGUUAACUAGCUUAUUCAGUCUUUACCCAUAGUUAUGUAGGCCAUCUUCACCACUGGUGAGACUACUCACUGUGAUAGGUACUAGGUUAUUCACUACCUUGUUUAGUCUUUACCCAUAUAGACCACACUGCUGAGAGAACUGGCUGAUAUUUUCUCAGAUUAAAUAUAUUACGCCUAAUAAAUAUACAAAUCCUAUUUUAUAGAAAAUGCUAUAAAAAUCAUACAUUAAAAAUCAUAUUUUAUAGAAAAUGCUAAAAAAAAAAUCAUACAUUAAAAUGACAAUUAAGUCUUUAUAGAAGCGCAUUGAAGCCGGUGGGAGAGGUUCGCGUUUAAUCGCGUAUGUUCUUUGUAUUUCGUCUUUGUGUUGAAUCUGAUGUGUGCAGUGCUGACUGAUUUAAAAUAGUUUCUAUAAUGAAUCAGGGUUUCCCUGUGGUUUCUCUUUCUCACUCUCUCUCUGUUUUCACUCUCUCUUUGUUGAGUGGUUGAUUAGAUUAGAUUUUCUGUUUUAAUGUUCUUUUGAGGCAGUAUAUGGGAUGCAGAGUGUAGUAGGAUGUUUAACUGUAGACCCUAGUGCAGUGACGAGGCAGGCUACAUGAAACGUGUUCAUACAAGAUGUCCAAUGUCAAGUGUGGAGUUGAACAUCUCUCUCUCUCUGUCUCGCUCAGCAUGGGGGGAAGAGUGUAGUGUUGUGGACAGCCCCAGAGGCCAUCCAGUACCACCGCUACAGCUCAGCGUCCGACGUGUGGAGCUUUGGCAUCGUCAUGUGGGAGGUCAUGUCCUACGGAGAGAGGCCCUACUGGGACAUGGGCAACCAGGACGUGAGUAGAGUGACUGGCUCUCUCUCUAUACUCUACCUUCUCCUCUCCUCCCCUCUAUUCUUUAUCUAGCUCAUCUCUCUGAAGCUCCUCUGUCUCUCUCUCUCUCACUCAUUCCCUUCGCUCUUUAUCUCCAUUGCAUCCCCUCUCUCUUCCUUCACUCUCCGUCUCCGUCUGUCUCACGCUCUCCGCAUGUGCAUCUCUGUCCCCUCCCUCACCCCCUUCCCUGUGCUUUUUCCUUCUCUACCUAUUCAUCUCUCUCUUCUCCUUUCUAUUUAAACGUUCUCUUCUUCCCUUUUGCUCUCUCUCCCUCUCUCUUCUGUUCCCUCUAAAACUGUGUGAACUCUUUGACUUGGGAUAGCUCAGAUCUUAUUAAAGAGGGAAAGCCACAGGUGCUUCUCUAAAAUACUAUUUUGGCUCUAAAUCUCUGGCAUAAGUCCACUUCAGCUCCGUGACCAAUCCUGUUUCUCAUAAGGACACCACGUCCCUUUCUAGUGGCCGUCCCAAAGUGCCACCACGCGCCCCACUCUUAGAGGAAGGCUAAAAUCCCGGCAGAAAGCGACGCUCUCUUUUUUAAGGAAAUGAAAGUGUAGCUAUUUUAGGAGGGUGAGGAGAUUGUCCAACCGAUAGGACCCCGCCACCACCGGUUUGUGAGAGAAGCGUAGUAUUUUCACGUCGAUGAGCGUGGGGUUUUUGUUCCUUUCUUCCUCCCUCCUUCUUUUCCGAGAGAGAGUUUUGUUUUGACUUUUGAAGAAAACUAAACUUCAGACGAGCACAGCGGAAAGUGUUGCGUAAGACUUUGUUGAAGAGCAAAGUGAGACAAUGUGAUUUCAAAGUGCCUUUGAUCCAAGGCAGCAUCAUGAAGGGGAUUUACAAGUAUUAGAGUAGAUAGAGGGUUCAUCAGAGUUCACAAAGUUCACAAAGUUAACUUUUAAGCCAACAUAUUGUUCAUGCUAAUAUGCUGUCUAAAAUGACUCCUUACGAAAACGCUCCACAUAAACUGAACAAUAAAACAACAAAAUAGACGACCAUGUAAUGUUGAAAUGAAUGACUAUGAACCCUCCCUCAGAUAGGACUUGAACCGUGAUGGUUUAUUACUAUCCAGACAUUGUAUCUACCUCUAUGUUCACAGCACUAAACUCUCCAGAUGAAAUGUCAAAGGCCAAGCUGGCUGAGUGCUUGACAUAUUAAUGCAUUAAACGGAUACAUAAUAUCACCAUUAACUCACCAAGCCCACAUGCUGCUCUAACAUGCCCUUUGCUUUUUAGCUCUGAUUAAAUGGAAAAUGUUAGCCAAUGUAGAAACACUUUCUGAACACUGUUUGGUUAAAUUGAGGUCAGGAUAGAACUGAAGAGGACAGUGUUUUUGGUGAAUGUGGUUCAAGGGAACAUUUUCAACAUUUUUAUUGGCGGGUGAGCUUUUUCUAGGGAGCACAGUGUUAGAAAACUGGGAGAGAAUAUAUUUUUGAAGUGUUGUGUUUAGGAGCAUUCUUUAUGGGAGACCAAUCUGUUUGAUGGGUUAGCUCUUUGAGAGAACCUUGUGUAAAGGGAUAUUGUUUGAGUGUGAUUGUGGUGUAGGAGAUCUCCUGAAGCCACUUUGGACUAAGACGGAGUCAUCGUUCACUAUCAACAUUUCUCCCUGGAAGUUAACACUCCUUCCUCUCUCUCCUCUCGUCCUAGGUGAUCAAAGCAAUAGAGGAUGGCUUCCGCCUGCCCGCCCCUAUGAACUGUCCACCCCACCUCCACCAGCUGAUGUUGGACUGUUGGCAGAAGGAGAGGACAGAGAGACCCACCUUCAGCCAGAUCCACUCUGCUCUCAGCAAGAACAUCCGCAGCCCUGACGGCAUCGGCUCCUCCACACUGGCACGCAGGUAGGACAUAGGCCACUGCAAACCAUGGUUAACAUGGGCUAAACAUGGGUUAACAUACAGGCUAACAGGUAACAUAUUCUGCUAGCCAACAUGGGUUGACAUGGGUAUGGUUUGUUUAUGUUGUCGAAGCAGGUUCCCCACGUCCCACUGAGUUUUGAUAUCAGAGUAGAAAUACUACCGCUAAUGAUAAUUAUAGACUCAUGCAUCCCUCCCUGAAAUCUCUCUCUCUCUCUCUCUCUCUCCCUGAUCUCUCUCCCCUUCUCUUUGUAGAACCCUCCCUCAGCUAGGAAGCCUCCCUCUAGGCUCCUCCAUCUCCUUGGCAGAGCGGACUCUUCCCUCGUUCCCCUCCUUUAACUCGGUAGGGGAGUGGUUGGAUGCGGUGGACAUGGGGCGCUACAAGGACAACUUCACCGUUGCAGGAUACUGCUACCUGGAGUCUGUGGCCCGUAUGACAGUCCAGUGAGUGGCUCUAAAUGAGCGUGUGUGAGUGCGAGCGAGCGUUGAUGCAUAAACAAGUGUGUGUUUGCCAUAAGCCUUGCUUUUUGUGCUUGUGCAUCUGAAUAUCAUGAGUUGGUAUAGUCUAACGGAUGUCUUUGUGCUGUGGUCUUCUCCACAGAGAUGUGUUGAGUCUAGGCAUCACCUCUCUGGAGCACCAGAAACAGAUCCUGUCUGCCUUACAGACCCUUAGAGCCCAGGUCAUCCAGAUGCACGGCAGAGGGGUGCAGGUC